UAGCCUUUACCGAUCUUAAAUCGGAUCUUACUUAACAUUCGUUGCCGGACGGUGCGAUAUAAUAUAUUGCGCAAAGGUCGGCGGGUUUAACGCCAAAUUGAUUUUAAUUGUUAAACAAAUAACGCGAAUAUUUGUGAUAAAAUAUGAGACGGAGACUGAAUUGUUGUCCGCGCCGGUUCCCCUGGUUUCGAAGUAGUUGGUCGCCGAAACAUGAUGUUCCUUUACAACCCUUACCUAAACCUGAAUCUCCUACGGAUGAAGUUGUCGAUAACACCCCAUUCGAAGAAAAGAUCAAAGAACCAGACAUCCUCGUUAUACGAAGCAUCGAUCCUUGUAUAGAAGAAAAUGGACUGCAUCAUCGAACAGGAAAGUAUGAACUGAUGAGUAGAGAAUAUUUCCCUCAGCUGGUAGUUAGAAGGGGCCAACACUUUAAGCUUAAUAUCACCCUUAGCAGACCAUACGAUGAGUCAAGAGAUGGGAUAUCUUUUAUAUUUGUUGUUGAAGACGAAGAAAAGCCUUUGUAUGGUAAUGGCACGAUGGUAGCAGUACCUUUACUUCACAAACCCGAUAGGCAUCUUCCUUGGAAUGUCGUUAUACAUUCUGUUAGUGAGGAUGUUUUAUCAGUUAAUGUCCUUACGUCCCCUGAUACUAUUGUAGCCAAGUGGAAAAUGGAUGUGGAUACUAGAAUUAUUAAUAAUGGAGCUUAUAGUUAUAGUUGGGAAAGUAAAAUUUAUAUUCUGUUUAACCCUUGGAGCAGACACGAUCAAGUUUUUAUGAAAUCAGACGAAUGGAGAGAAGAAGCUGUGAUGAACGAUGUAGGAAUCGUAUACAGAGGAACCUACAACCGAAUAAAACCUGUGAUAUGGAAAUAUGAUCAAUUUGAAAAAAAUAUCCUGGAUUGUGCUAUAUAUUUAGUGCAUGUUGUCGGAAAAGUUAAAGGAAACUACAGAUCUGAUCCCGUUAAAAUAACAAGAGCAUUAGCGGCAGCAGUAAAUUCAGCUGACGACGAAGGUGCUGUGAUGGGUAAUUGGUCUACCGAUCAUAGCGGUGGUACCGCACCAACAAAGUGGAUCGGUAGCAUGGAGAUAUUGCAGAAGUAUUAUAAGAAAAAAAAGCCAGUCAAGUAUGGACAGUGCUGGGUGUUUUCUGGAGUUUUGACAACGAUUUGUAGGGCCCUAGGAAUUCCAGCAAGAACGGUAACAAAUUAUUCUUCAGCACAUGAUACGCAGAACUCAUUAACGGUCGAUUAUUUCAUGGAUGAAAAAGGAUCUGUAAUGGAAGAGUUAAAUUCGGAUUCUGUUUGGAAUUUUCACGUGUGGAAUGAGGUUUGGAUGACCCGUCCUGAUUUAGGAAGAGAAUACUCAGGAUGGCAAGCGAUCGAUGCUACGCCGCAAGAACUUAGUGAGGAUAUUUACAGGUGUGGUCCAGCGUCGGUAGUGGCUGUAAAAGACGGUGAAAUUUUACGGCCACACGACACAAACUUCUUAUUUGCAGAAGUCAAUGCUGAUAAGAUCUUUUGGAGGUGGAACGGGCCCACUCAACCUUUAAAACUCCUUAGAAAAGAUGUGUAUGGAAUAGGCAAGUUAAUCUGUACCAAGGCGCCUGGAACUUUUGAUAGGGAAGAUAUCACAUACACCUAUAAAUAUUCUGAAAGAUCUACAGAAGAAAGAAAUACGAUGCUGAAGGCACUAAAACAAUCUGAAAGUUUGUUUUCGAGGUAUUACUUAAAUGAAGAUUUCAACGACAUCUAUUUUCAUUUUAACCUCUUGGAUGAUGUCAAAAUAGGCCAACCUUUCGAUGUCUCUUUAGCAAUGAGAAAUAGAUCGACAAGCAAAUCUUAUAAAGUGUCAGUAAUACUAAGAGUUGAUGUCGUAACCUAUACUGGAAAAAUAGGGGAUUCCAUUAAAAAGGAACAGUUCAGUGUAAUUGUCAAACCAAGUUCCACACAUAAAGUUAAACUCGCAAUUUCUUACGACGAAUAUGGAAAAAGAGUUAUUGAUCAAUGUGCGUUUAAUGUCUCCUGUUUGGCUUCCAUAGAAGAUACCAAAUUUGAGUAUUAUGCUCAGGAUGAUUUUCGAAUAAGAAAACCCGAUAUAAAAAUCAACCUUCGAGACACUCCAAUCGAAAAUACAGAAGUUACUGCAGAUAUUUCAGUUGAAAAUCCCUUGCCAGUACCUUUGAAAAGAGGGGAGUUUACUAUUGAAGCUCCCGGAAUAGAAGGGAAACUUAAGUUAAAGGUAAAAGCGGUACCUCCUGGGGAAGAAGCUACAGGUGAAUUUAAAUUUACGCCUCCCAGGACAGGACGAUUUGCUGUAGCAGCAAAGUUCGUUUGUAAAGAGAUGGACGACGUUGAUGGUUUUGUAAUGAUUUUGGUUGAACCAAGAAAGGAGCAAAAUGGAGUCUUUUAAAAUUCAGUCAAACCAUUUUAUUCUUUACGUUUUACAUACGAUUUUUGAUGUAAGUUAGUACGAUUUGACUUACGGACUAUAGUAUUUUUACUGUUCGUUUAGGUGUGAAUUGAAACUUUUGAUGUAUAAAAAUAGUCAACUGAUUUAUUACACACGUACACACUAAUCAAAAUGACUAAAAACUACAGAAACACUUAUUUAAUCAUUAUUUAUUACCUAUUAUUUAUUUCGAUUUAAAAUUCGCGCCAAUAUUCACAUUUAAACUGGCCUCCUAGUGGCGGGGGCUCCUUAUUAAUUAGGUGGACCAUUGUUCUAGAACAUUUGCCAUCUUUUUAUGUAUUUUCCUGAGAUGUCGGAUUCACCUUCGGGUCUAGAAGGCGAACAAGAUGUCAACAUGAAGGUGAACAAGUCAUGUUAAAUAAAUAGAAUAGUUAAUUAACGACGAAGGUUUUUAAAUGUAACAACAAAAUUUGUUCUGAUGAAGUCUUGUGGGUAUACAACUAGCAACUUAAGAAAUUUAUUUUAGACAGCAGCAUGGCUUUAUCAAGUUGAUGGUAUCUAUACAAACUUUUCCAAGGCAUUUGAUAUGAUUAACAUUAAAAUAGAGGUUUGGGUGCCGCAAGGAGAUGAUUUAACUUGAAAUUUAUUCUUUGUUAAUGAGUCUGUUCCUGUUAUUGGAUUUCAAUAUUUUUAUUCAGUAGGCAUUCAGUCAUCAGGCAUCAGUCAUUCAGGCAUCAGUUUUUGAGGUAAGAAAUAACAUGCAUAUGUAUGCAAACGCUUCUUUUAUUCCCAGAUCUCGAAAAUUGACUCCCUUCACUCUAUUUCUUCUAUAGUAGUCUAAUCACCUAGACAGUUCACAAUAGUUUUAGAUGUUGCAUCCAUGCAACAUUUGUCUAGCAGAAGAUUAUCAACUUUCACCAUAUAAAUUACAGGGUUAGUAUGCCUUUAAUAAGAACAUUAAAUUAUUCAUCUCUUGAUCACCUUGCAUGUUCGCAUUAUGACUAUUUUAUAUAGUAAAAUACAUUUUUGAGUUUUUUUUAAUUUGUGUAAACUAUAUACGCCACUAUAUGACGAUUAGUUUAAACAGUAUAGGAGUACGAAAUGAAUAGUUUGGAUUAUUGUAUAACUUAUAGUGUGUAUACCAUAAAAAUAUAGGAAUUUACCAAUACAUGUAUACUUAAUAUAAUAACGAUUUUACAAUUUUAUAACCUUACCAAUUAAUUCGUGUGCAUAUGCUCUAAUAUUAACUAGUAUAAUAAAAUUAUUAAAUGUAUAAUAUUUUUUACCAAAUAAGUAAACUGUGAUUUUUUUUAAUUCAUUUUUUUUUAAAUAUAGUAUUAUAUAGUUGUAACAAUACCAUAGGUAUAUAUAAAUUAUGGAAAAUAAAUUUUUUAAUAAAUA